AUGAAUGGUCGGGAAGGCACCUCAAUCUGCAUGUGGAAUGAAGAAAGCGCGAUUUUAACCUUGGAUGGCCGGGGUCAGCCCAGUGCAGACGGGGAGUGUCGGAUAGAAAUACCCAACGUCUUCUCACUCCCCAUCUUCCUCGUCACCUUCCGCGAGGCCCUCGAGACUGUCAUCAUCGUCUCCGUCCAACUCACCUUUCUCAUGCAGACCAUGAGCCAUGACAAGGCCCUACACAAGCGGCUAGUCCGCCAGGUCUGGCUCGGCACCACCCUAGGCCUCUUCCUCACCCUCCUCAUCGCCGCCGCCCUCAUCGUGGUAUUCUACACGGCCGGCGCCAGCAAGUGGGAGGCGUCGGAGCUGCGGUUCGAGGGAGCUUUCUCGCUGGUGGCGUGUGUCAUUAUCAGUGUUGUUGGGGCCGCGCUGCUGAGGGUUGGGAGGAUGAGGGAUGAGUGGUGGGAGAAGUUGAGGGUGGUUAUGGAGAAGCGGGAUAUGGGUGGGAGUGGUGACGGUGGUGAUGCUGGGGUGGUGGUGAGGGUGAAGGGAAGGGGAAGAGUGACGAGGGUGGGAGUUGCGGUCCAGAGGUGGAUGGAGAGGUAUGCCAUGUUUGCGCUGCCUUUUAUGACGGUGCUGAGGGAGGGGAUCGAGGCGGUUGUGUUUAUUGCCGGCGUGACCUUCUCGGCGCCGGCGACCGCGGUGCCGUUGGCCGUGGUGGUGGGCCUUGCCGCUGGGGCGGCGGUUGGGUUUGCGUUUUACAAGGGCGGUUCAACCACCAAGCUGCAGCUCUUCCUCGUAAUCUCGACAUGUCUGCUUUACCUCGUCGCCGCCGGGCUCUUCUCGCGGGCCGUGUGGGCCUUUGAGCAGGACGCCUGGCAGACACUCAUCGGAAGUGACGCUGCAGAGCUUGGGGAAGGCCUUGGAUCGUACGAUAUCGACAAGUCGGUGUGGCACGUCAACUGCUGCAGCCCGACGUACAACGGCGGCAGCGGCUGGGGAUUCUUCAAUGCCAGCUUUGGCUGGACCAACUCGGCCACGUACGGAUCCGUCAUCUCGUGCAACCUGUACUGGCUCUGCGUGAUCGUCUCGUUCUUGGUCAUGAGGUACCGCGAGGUUAAGGGACACUGGCCGUUGGUAAAAUCCAAGGGAUCUCAGGUGUCGGAGAAUACCUUGUGGGCGGAGGACCAGAGUAGUGGGAAGUCUGCGAGUCGGAGAGAGGAGCUUUCCGGGAGCAAGACGGUGGCUCGAGACGAGAUCACCGUGGCUGGAGUCUGACAGCCGAUGUCUGGUGCGGGCAAGACGAGAUUUGAUUGUGACCUCUGGAUUCAACUGCCCCCCCAGCGCCAAAACGCCUGGUGAAGACUGGAGCCUCCCAAAUCCGUGCUGCCUGGAUCAGACGCAGCAACAAGUCCACCGAUGGCACCGGACAUCCGUCCUCUCAGACAUCUGAACUCAGCUGGAGCAACACGCAGC